AUGGAGCCCAUAGCGAUAGCGAUGAUAACAGAUUUCUUUCACCCAAAUGUUGGCGGGGUGGAGAAUCAUGUCUACAUGUUGAGUGCGAAUCUGAUAAAACGCGGCCACAAAGUUAUCGUUAUAACACACAGCCAUUCACCUGACCGCGUCGGGAUUCGCUGGCUACUCCCUUCGCUCAAAGUGUACUAUUUACCAUUCGUUCCCAUUGCAUCCUCUGCGACACUGCCCAACUUUUUCACCUUUCUGCCUUACCUCCGGACGAUUCUCAUUCGGGAACAUAUCCACCUUAUCCAUGCCCAUGCCAGUCUAUCUUCCCUUGGCCACGAAGGAAUCCUGCAUUCCCAUCUAUUCGGUGUCAGAACGGUGUUCACUGACCACAGUUUGUUUGGAUUCGAAGACGCUGCGAGCAUCCUCACGAACAAGCUCCUGGCAGGAACGCUGAGGAAUGUCGAUGCAGUCAUUUGCCUCUUUGACGAGUCGGGUAGAGUCCGGGAGGACGUAUAUGUUAUCCCCAAUGCACUGGUACCAGAGAAUUUCCAGCCUGGCCCGCCGAAAUCAAGCGAUACUGUGACCAUCGUCGUCCUCUCCCGACUUGCAUACCGUAAAGGAAUCGACCUCCUCGUCGCCACCGCACCCCGUAUCUGCAAUGCCUUCCCGAACGUCCGCUUCGUCGUCGGCGGCGACGGUCCCAAGCUCAUCGACCUCCUCCAAAUGCGCGAAAAACACAAUCUCCAAGACCGUAUCGAACUCCUCGGACCCAUCCGACCAAAUGAUGUCCGCUCUGUCCUAAUGCAGGGUGCUAUAUUCCUCAACACGUCCCUCACGGAAUCUUUUGGGAUCGCCAUCCUUGAGGCAGCAUGUGCAGGACUGUACGUGGUGUCUACACGUGUCGGCGGGGUCCCGGAGAUUUUACCAGAGGAUAUGAUCAGCUUUGCGGAGCCUGAGGAAGAUGAUGUGUUCCGUGCGAUAUCAGAAGCUAUCGAGAUUAUCUCCGACGGGCUACACGACCCGAUUCGCGCCCAUGAGCGGGAUCAAGACGUCGCGGAGCGCACCGAGGUUGUGUAUGAUACCGUUGUCAAGUCGAGACAGGUGGAUCUCUGGGAGAGAAUGAAGAGGACGAUGGGAUUAGGUCCUUUUGCCGGACCGAUAUACUUGAUCAUCCUGGUUGUGGACUGCCUGUUUUUCAUGUUUCUGGAGUGGUGGAUCCCGAGGGAUGAUAUGGAUUUCGUUGUAAGGCAUUGGGAUCAUGACCGGUUUGCUCAGGAGGCGACGAUUAAUGGGAAUUUGGAUAUAUCGGUGAACACUGCGGGACUCACGGAAGAGGACGUUCCCACUACGUGA